AUGGGGCUGGGCCAACCCUUCGGGCAGGUGCCCCCCGUCUUCCCCAGCACCCUGCUGGGCACGGGCAAGCCCCCCCCGUCUUGCUUCCUCGACGGCGAUGGCUACAAGCAGCCCCCCCUGCCCGUGUUCGGCUCCUUUGGCCGCGGGGGGCCCGAGGCGCUGGGGGGCAGCUACCAGUGCCGGGUGCAGGCGCUGAGCUUCUGCAUGAAUGAGCGGCCGUGCGGUGCAGCGCUGGAGCAUCUCCUGGCUGCGGCCCCCACCGCUGCCACCGCCACCCCCCCGGCCCCCCGCCAGCCGCCCUUUGGGGUGAGCGAGCAGAAGGAGCCGUGGGGCGCAGGGGGGGCGAUCCCGCUGCAGGGAGGUGGUGGUUACCCCCUGGGGCUGCCCCACUGCCUCUACCGGACGCCCGGAAUGUUCUUCUUCGAGUGA